CCCGCCCGGCCGCCCCGCUGCGCCGCCCGCCCCGCCCGCCCCGCGCUCGCCGCCGGGGCCGGGGCCUCCGCCGGACCGCGCCGAGCCGAGCCGCCACGGCGGCCCGGGGACCUGCCGCGGCCCUGAAUCCCGCGGGGCGCAGCUGAAGCGACUACAGGCACUUUAAAGAUGCUCACGAGCGCGGAGGAGGAACUGGAGAACGGCGGGCUGAGGACGUGGUCCCUCGUGCAGGUUCAGUGGCAAAUAUGAACAUUUGUCAACAUUUGACAACAACUCCUUGGGACAUCAUGAAUUUGCUGGAAUCUAGACCACAGAGCACUUGCAAUAGCGCUUUUUAAAUUUGAAUUUAAUUUAAAUGAAAAAAAUAAUCAUCUGAAUCAAUUGUAGUGAUGGCUAGCAAAAGAAAAUCCACAACUCCCUGCAUGAUACCAGUAAAAACACUGGUGCUUCAGGAGACCGAACUGGAUGCUGUAGAAGAUGAUCCUGAAGGAACACAACAAGAUGCUCCUGCGGAAGGGCCAGCAGCUAGCGAUGCUGGUGCCAGUAACAGUAAUAAUGGAGCUUUGUCUAACGGGCACCGUGGUAUUUCUGAUAGUGACACUUACAUCUGCAAGUUCUGUGACUUUGGAUCUCAAGAAGUUCAUCAAUUCUUCGGGCACUUGGACUCUGAGCACUUAGACUUUAGCAAAGACCCUGCGUUUGCAUGUGUUGCGUGCAACUUUCUGGCAAAUAGCCAUGAAGGGCUCUCACACCACAAUGCAGAGGCACACGCUGGUGAAACGAGCUUCAUCUGGAGGGUGGCUAAGCAGGACAAUCGUACAACCGUGGAGCAAAGUCUCUGUGAGGCUGGCAGCAGCCACGACCUUCCAGGAGAGGUCCCUGAAGAAGGGGUGGAUGGCCAGUCUGAAAUUAUCAUUACCAAAACCCCCAUCAUGAAGAUAAUGAAAGGUAAACCUGAGGCCAAAAAAAUCCAUACGCUGAAGGAGAACGUGUCAAGUCAGUUGGGCAGUGAGUCAGAGGUGAAAGACGGAGAGCAUUCAUUCCCAAAUGGGUCUGUGCCGGUCAGCCAGCCUGCUGCAAGUUCAACAAAAUCAUCUCAUAUAGUGAAUGGCUCCAUCAUAGGAAACGUGCCUGUUCUGCCGGCGGGUGUUGCACAACUUGUGUCACUGCAGCAGCAGCCCCCCUUGCAUCAGCAGCUACCUACGUCCAAGUCCCUUCCCAAGGUGAUGAUCCCCCUGAGCAGCAUUCCAACGUACAAUGCCGCCAUGGACUCCAACAGCUUCCUCAAAAACUCUUUCCACAAGUUCCCCUACCCCACAAAAGCUGAGCUCUGCUACUUGACCGUGGUGACGAAGUACCCAGAAGAGCAGCUGAAGAUCUGGUUCACUGCCCAGAGGUUGAAGCAGGGCAUCAGCUGGUCACCGGAGGAGAUCGAAGAUGCCAGGAAGAAGAUGUUCAACACCGUUAUUCAGUCCGUGCCGCAACCCACCAUUACAGUUUUGAACACGCCGCUGGUUGCAAAUCCUGGGAGUGUCCCCCAUCUUAUUCAGGCGACUUUACCAGGCCAUGUGGUGGGGCAGCCGGAGGGGACGGGGGGGCUGCUGGUCACGCAGCCCAUCAUGGCAAAUGGGUUGAAGGGCACCAGCUCCUCCUUCACCUUGGCGGUAACUUCUGUGCCCAAGCCACAGCCGGCACCACAGCACAGCACAGUGAGCUCCAGCAAUGCGUCGGGGGUGAAGGUGGUCAACAGCGGCCAGUCGCUGCUCACUGCCUGCCCAACAAUCUCCUCACAGACCUUCCUGGAUCCCAACGUGUACAAAAACAAGAAGUCCCACGAACAGCUCUCAGCCUUGAAAGGCAGCUUCUGCAGAAACCAGUUCCCUGGCCAGGCCGAAGUCGAGCGGCUGACAAAAAUCACAGGCCUUUCCACCAAGGAGAUUCGAAAAUGGUUCAGUGAUAGGAGGUACCACUACAGGAAUGUGCGAGGCGGCCGGGCCGUCUUCCCUGGAGAUAGCGCCCUCGAUUCCCUGCCCGAAAUAACCUUCGACGUCUCGCCCAGAGGAGCUGAGCUGAGCCCUGCGGCAGCGGCGGCCGUGCCGGCCCCUCACCACCCACCGCGACGGCAGUCAUGGCACCAGGCGCCUGACUUCACACCGACCAAGUACAAAGAGCGGGCGCCAGAGCAGCUGAAGGCUCUGGAGAGCAGUUUUGCCCAAAAUCCCCUUCCUGCGGAGGAAGAGGUGAACCGCCUGAGAGGGGAAACAAAGAUGACGCGGAGGGAGAUUGAUAGCUGGUUCUCGGAGAGGAGGAAGAAGAAGGUGGCGGAGGAAAAUAAGAAAGUGGAGGAGGUGGCUCGGCAGGAGGAGGAGGAGGCGGAAAAUGGCGGCAGGGAAGGGGAAGACUCUUCGGAUGAGCUGAGGGCUGCGAGCGAAAAUGGCUCAGUCGACGCCUCCGGCAACAACCCGAACUCAGUGGAGCGGAAAGUGAGUCCCAUCAAAAUCAACCUGAAAAACCUCCGAGUGACUGAGUCCAACGGCAAAAGCGAGUUACCAGGGGGGGCUGGCGCAAAUGAGAAAGGAGACAGCAGCUCCAACCGGCCGCCCACCCCUCCAAAAACCAAACUGAACUUUAAAAAAACAGCCCAGCAGCGGCAUCUGCUGAAGCAAAUGUUUGUGCAGACCCAGCGGCCCACGAACCAGGAGUACGACGCCAUCGUUUCCCAGACGGGCUUGCCGCGGGCUGAGGUCAUUCGCUGGUUCGGGGACAGCCGCUAUGGCUACAAGAACGGGCAGCUGAAGUGGUAUGAGAACUACAGGCGGGGGGUUUUCCCGCCGGGGCUGGUGGAGGUCAGCCCUGCCAGCCGGGAGGUGCUGGAGGACUACUACGAGAAGCACAAGGGGCUGCGGGAGGAGGACCUGCCCGGCCUCUGCGAAUGCUCCCACCUCAGCGCCCAGCAGCUCAAGGUGUGGUUUGCGAUGAAGGCGGAGGAGGAGAGCAGGGGCGCCGUCUCCGAGGAGGCCUGCGCCAGCGAGACGGUGGGAAGCCGGAAAGGACCGUGUGAGGCCGGCUCAGAGGUGAUGGAGAGCAGCGAGUCGUGGGAGCCGGGCGGCAAGGAAGGCAGCGCCGGGGCCCCCGACGCCCCCGGCCCGCCGCCUGCAACACGACUCGAAACAGACUGAACUCAAACCACCAGCCCCGGAGGAUCCGCUCUUACCCUUGAGAAGAAAUUUUUGGUCUUUAAGAAACCCAUGGGCCAGCCUGAUCCAAACCUCAGGAGCAGGACGUGGUGAUAAAGCACUGCCAUAACUGAGACCUUUGAGCACAGCACAUGAGAGCGCACACGUGCAAAAACUGGGCAUUUAGUGCAGAGCUCUCGGUGGCCCAGCCAAGGAGAUGGCUGAGAGCUGGCAGAGGCGGGGGUUCAGCUUGCACGCAGGAAAAAGGAUGCUCUUGUUUGCUUUCCAGUGGACAGACUUUCAGAUUUCAUAUUCAUAUACCGAUGCCUACAGCUGCCUAUACAAGCAUAGCGAAUCUCAGACAUUGUGUAAACAAGGUCAUUGCUUAGAUAUGGACUAUCAUGGCACAGUACUUUUUUUUUUUUUUUACUUUUUUUUUUUUCCAUCUGUCCAUUAAGGUGUUUGUUCUCUAAAGGUUGGCAUGGCUGCAUAUAUCCUCUCCGCCCUUUCUGGUCCUUAAGCCCUGGUGAUGAAGGGCUUUGCGGGCACACAAGUGUGUGUGUGUGUGUGUGUGUGUGUAUUAGGAAAGGAAAGGUUAUCUGAGAAGAAAACUGCCAGUCUUGCACUAGAGUCCAGUGGGAGUUGAGCGAGAUUUUAAUCUCUACAGAUGAGGUUAGAUUUAACAUUACAUACUCUCCAAUAAGUACCAGGUCCCAGACGCAGACAACCGAGGAGAUGGAGUUUGGUGUCAUUUGUCCCUUGCUGGCUAGCAUAUUUUUCUCCUGUGCUCCUGGAGACUGACUGUAGCAGGCUGUUAAAUCUCCAAGUCUCCCUUUAAUCACUGAGAACUAGCACAUAAUAAUUUUUCUAUCCUGACCUGGAAUCCUUUUCAUUGUUCAGAGAGAACAAGCUGUUCUUCAGAGAACAAACGCAGAGAAUAUGCAGCAUUGCUGUGAGUGCUUCAAAUCAUUGUUGUCUCCAAGGGAUCCACGAGGCAGCAGCUCUUCUGCAAUCAGGCACUUUCCCUCUUGCAGCCCUACAUGACAGAUCCUCCUGCAGCAGCGUUGGUUAACUUCAAGUGUUUGCUCCAGUCUUUUUUUUUUCUUUUUCGUCUAUUUUUUUUUUCCUCAGUUCAUCUGCAAUAGUUCUGGCGAAACAGCAAAAUAUAUUUCCCAAUUAACCUUCCUGCUUGCCGGUACCUGUACGUUUUUAAUGUGCCCAUGUUGUCUUGGGUGGUUGCUGUGUGAUGCAACUACUUGAUUUUUUUUUUUUAACUAUUCUUUUCUAAUAGAAAACGAGGUCUAGAAGGGAAACUCUUGAGCUGAAUAGUCCAGCCAAAUGCUGUGUCAGACCAUUCUGUCACAAACUAAUCAAAUUGGUUCCAUGUCUUACCUUCACUUUUGCUCUUGGAAGGCUAUUCCAGAACUUCCCUGCCUUUUGAAUCAUUAGAAACUUUAUUUAAAUUUCUAGUUUGAAUUAAUCCGUGGCCAGUUCAUUCCUGGUUUGUUUUGGAGCCAACAUUGUCCUUUAACUUAAAUAGUUUUUGGUGUUUAUCCGCUGAUGUAUUUAUGGACAGUAGUCAUAGCUCCUUAUUUUUGCCAAGCUAACUCAGCCAAGCUUUUUCAGUAGAAGGUUUUUAUUUAGUGAGACCGUUUUAAUGUGGGAGACACUAUUGUUGGUGGUAAAUGAUAUUUAUUAGAAGGGUGGGUAGCAAGCCCCAAAGGAUCGGAUCCAGAGAUUUACAAAAAAAUCUGGUUUAAAACCAAAAAAGCUCUUUCAGAACCUCUUCCAAAGCUGGUGUCUGAUUUCUACCUUUAAUUGCCCUUGCUUUUCCAGUUCUUUCUUUGUCCCUUCUUCAAGAGGCCACCUUGCUCAACUGUUAGGAGGGAUUUUAUCUGCUCAGUGCUUUGCAAGAGAGAGGAGGCUUCCUCUCGCCUGGCGGGACGUGCCUACGUGGUAGGUGCCUGCAGCUGAGCUCACGUAGCUCCCCUGGCACACGGUGUAACCCCCACAGCCGAGUGUGAGCAUCUGCUUCCGAAAGAGAUGACCUGCACCCUGAAGAGAGCCGGGGUGACCUGCAGCACCCUGCUGACACCAAGGUCCCCAGAUUUCUUUCUCUUUAGCAGUGCUGUUGCUACUCAUGCUGUGGUUGGAGGCAUAACUAGCAGCCGUCCCACCUUGGCCUCGGCUCAGCAUCCCUGCGGCUCUCCUCCGGGAGAGCAGGGGCGGCCAGACUACGAAGAUAGCCAGAGCCUCAGGGGUUCACCCUUGUGGGUGCGAUCCUGGACACCCCAAAAUGUCACAGGUGACGUGAGAAUCUGGGUGGUCCUAGAGCUGGAGGUAGCAGAUCUGGGAGUCGUGCAGCCCGAGAGUAUGAGUGUAUGUACGGUGUUACCUUCAGAGAACAAAUACAGGUAGGUCAUUUACUCUCUAGUGUCUAUGUACGUGCAGGUUUAUUUAAGUACACAUAUAUACAGUUCAGAUAUGCCAUUGAUUCUUUAUUGCAUUAAGCUGUACAUUAAAAAUGUACACUUUUACUAACUACUUGCUAUAUAAAUAUGUUGGAAGUGUAGUUUGCCCAUUCAAGGUGAUUUUCUGUGGGAUUUUUGGUGUACGCUUAAAGGCCUAUGGCUAAUUGGAAGAGUGAUCCCCGCUCCAUCUACAGAAAUGCUUAAGGACUAUGGUAUGAACUGGUCCCUUCAAACCAUUUGUCCAUGCACUAGCUGAAAUUUUUUGCACUUGGAUUGUAUUUGGCCAGUUUUCCACAAAAACUGAAAAGAGAAGUCUUAUGAGCUAGAGGGAGAAUUUCCCGGUGUACACAGAAAAACCAGCCUUGAGGGUUGGAAGCUGCUGAGGUUUCUGAGCUUUGUCUCCAUGCAUUCAUACAAGCACAGCAGGAGUUUUCUUUCUUUCGGGUCGGAGGAAUUUCAAAAAGUGGUUCCAUGCAGACUCCCCUCGGACACAGCGACCGGGCUGGCAAGCCUCAUUGCGUGGGGAGGGUAAGAUUUCGAGACAAAAAAGUCAAAAAGUAAUUGAGUUCCCUUUCUGACUCCCACAUUCCUUGUUAUCUGCAUUUUUUUUAGUUGACUUGAAAUCUCCAUGAAAGUAUAAACUGAAGAGUUUUUGAGGGUUUAGCUCUGUGGUCCUGUUUACCUAUUUCAUUGUUUUUGAAGUUGAGGAGAAGCAGGUGUCAUCUCCAGACAGACAUGGAUUUUGGUGCAGGACAUUAAAAUAUUGUAUCUGAAACCGAAAGGAAUAAUUGAGAGGUGGCUUGACAGUCCCAGCAGCAGCUUUUCUGGUGUUAAGAGGAAGCGUCACCACAAUUCUACACAGCGUGUGAAUAUUUAUCAUCAGCUAAUCAAAGAUGACUAUCUUGACUUGAAAAGAGGGGCGUAAGAUAGAGGUUGUGUAGCCAGUAUCAGUAAGGAAGGGAAAUUAAAUCCUUCACCUCCAUCCACUGUGUGUGAGUUUGGGCUUGACUGGCACAGUAGUAACCAUCAUUUUUAAUCCAUGUGAAUCUUGUUACUUAUGUCUCUGAGGCUGCUUAGAUUAAGGGCACAAUCCAAUUGCUUAAUAACCCGAAACCCUGAUUUGUGCCGUACCUGGCUGCUGGUUCUGAUGCAAGGAACAGAGUUACUUUAUUCAUUAUCAGCAGGCCCUGCCGCGAGUUUUCUAGACGUGGCUCUGCAUUUCAUUUGGGUAGCAUAUUUUUCAGCUCCUUAAUUAGCAUUCUUUUUUUUUUUUUUUUUUUAGCAGAACACUAAACAAACCGUGAUUUACAGGCUCCUGUUUGCACUUGCCUGAGAGCUGAGCGCUGCUGCACUGCAGGCCUGCAGCCACGGCGAGAGGAGCGGGCACAAGUGCUUGCUUGGAUGCAUGGCAUGCAGUGGUCAGCGUACGCCCGCAGAGCUCCAGCCGCAGGUAUUUAGCGCGGCUGCAUGUCUCCUUCCUGCCUGGAGCUUGCAUUUGUCACCACAAGAAGCCACCAGCAAAAGCAGUAGCUGCUAGCAGCUGUGAUGAGAAACCCCGUAGACAGCCCACGGCUUAACGCAGAACCUUCACUGCCCGGGCCAUGCUCGCAUGGAAGCUGGAGCUGCAAGAGACCUGUCUGGUUAAUUUUUGUUAGGUGUCCCCUAGGAGGAAGAGGAGGAUGUAGAAGGCUUAUUUUCCAUUUAGAGUUUUGGGUAUCUAUAUAUAUAUAUUUUUAUUUUUUUUUAAAUGAAAAGGAACAGGUUUUUGGUCACCAGUAGAAGUGUACUCUGUCUUCCCUGCAGCCUCUCUCUUAGGGACAUUAUAGAGGCGACCUGAUGGGAAGGUGGUGUUUGGAAGCUGGGUCACUGAGAAUCAGAAGAGAAAGAUGAUUUUCAGCACUUAGGCACAAAUUAGAAAGUUAACAUGAUGCUGCACCUUCCUGUCAAGUUGUUAGUAUUUAAAAAUGCUGGUAAACUUCUCUCUUGUUGCCCAGAUAAUUUUGGCUUUGCUCUUUUCAAAUCAACCGGUGGCCUGAUGUGACUGAGCUCACUGCAGUAUCCUUUUGUAAUUUCUCAGUUGAUCACAAAACCAGCAGGGUAAGAUUAGGCAACACUACAAAUGGAGGGGGAUUUGAGACACUUGCAAGCUAUACGUUUUGGGGUUGGUUUUUUUUUUUUUUUUUUUUUUUUUUUUUUCAAGUUUAGUUUCUGCUGUAUGUUUUACUGGCAGUGGUCCCUGCCGGGAAUGCCGGAUUGGCAUUGCAAAUUUAAAGCAGAGCAAAGGAGCUCUGUUACCUGAGCAGUGAUUUAUUUUGUUUGUUUUCUUGUUACUGCCUGUUCCAGUAAAGAGUGCUCUGCCGGCUGACAUUGGCUGUAUUUUGAUGGCAUAAUUAAAGCCACUUUUCCCCUGUACUGAUAGAGGGUGGUAUUAGGAGGACUCUUGCUUACUGGUGCUAGCGAAGGUUGGGCUAGGACUCCAUGGCAUAGAAAACUUCUUGCUAAAAUUGCACUUUCUCUCUGCCCCAUCUGGCUCGUGGUGGUGUUAUGGGUACGUGGCUGUGAUUCCCCUUGCACAUACUAACAUUGCACUAAAAGAGAGACUUUGGGAACAGCGUGUUGAUCACUUUGUUUCUCAGCAGACCACAAAGUCAGCCUAAUGGGGGUCUCUUUUUUUUGGGUUUGUUUUGUUUGUUUUUUUUUUUUUUUAAUUAUUGUUAUUUAGAAAUCAUGCUGGUGCUGAAUGACCUGGAAUUUUUGCUUGGAUUUAUCCAAAGGAAAAUGUAAUUGUAGCUGCAACGGGACCUUUCAUAAGGGUGGCCGUGCAGCUAGGGAGCAGAGCAAGGGCUCUGCCAUGUAAACCGUCUUUGUACUGGGGAGGUGUGGGGGGUUCCAGUGGGGUUAUUACUGUGUUGUUUUUUUUAAGACCACAAUUUUAGAUGGUCACCUUGGCAAUCGUGUGAGACAGGAAAUAGUUUUUACUUUUGGUAAAGGUUUUAAAGAGGGAAAAAAAAAAAAGUGAAGCUGCCUGUGAUUGUGGGCUGUGGCUAUUACUAGGGCUAGGGUAGCUUGUACCUGCUAUGGACUUUACCUGCUCUUAUUCUGAGGGCAAGAACUCCCUGUAGCAACAAUGCCACUUCUGAGAAGUGAACGGCAAGUUUCCCUUCCUUUUGUAUAUGUGGAUGUGAGGGUGGGCGAGGGGAAGAGCUUGCUUGUACAGUUUGUUGAAAUGAAACCAGACAUUUUUGGUUGUUCCUAAAUAAAGAGCGUAAAAGA